CCUGGUAAUGACAGACAGCGAUGUCAUUUCAGCCAAGAGCAGAGAUCGGACUUUAUUGAUUCAUUACUUUGGAGUUGCUUAUUGGCUACCGCAGCUUUGCUUUGCCAGUGCCAAAGCCUCGGAGGCUGCAGAAAAGCACCGGAGAUUGUUUCUCCUCAGCUCACAUCAACGGCAAAGUUAACCUCUGGACACGUGAGGAAUGAAGAAGAUCCCUCUGGGUCUGAUUUUUAAACGUGUGCAAAUAUCACUAGAUUGUACUGAGAGUAAACGGCAGAGGUUCUUAUACGAGAGAAGAGUUGGAGGAACGGAGUAUGUAUAAGCGCACGGAGAGCACGCACGAGUAGCCGCUUUGUAUGAGCUUCCCCUCUUUGCUCGACCUAAACGCUGAAAUGCUUUGAACCCUCAGCCCUCAGAAACGAGGCUUGUCGGGCGUAGGGAUUUCCGAGCCGCGCCUCAGCAUCCCACUACUUAGGACAUCUAACCCAUAACAGAAGUUUUGUAAAGAUGCAGAGGGAAGCGUCUCAUCUCUGGCUGGUCGUCCUGACUCUGAUGUCUGUAUCUGUCAGCGGAUUUCCCACAAGUCUGAACAGUGUUACGGAAAAACAUAAGAACACGUCAUCUUCGGUUAUCGAGGUGAUAGCUGAGCGUGGUCAUGAAGAUGUCCAUCAGAUUCUAGAGGAGUUUCAGCAGCAGAACCAUCUCCAGACCCUGCCUUCCACCUCAUCUUUAACUAGGUCCAGACACCGCUGGUCCCAGCACCACCACCAGGGUGUCCUCCCCCUACCUGAACCAGAGGAGGAUCCUGAACCUUUCAUCUUGGACCUGAGGAAUUUUCCAGACCUGGCAAAUGCAGACAUGGGCUCACAGAACCCCAACAUCCAGGUGACCAUCGAGGUAGUGGACGACCCCCAGACUGAGACGGAGAUGGAGAUGGACCUGGCCAAGGAGGGCCAGCGAAAUGACUGGUCAGUGUCCUCCUCAGAGUGGGCCAGCAACCACAAGAAGCUGUUCUGGCCGCUGUUUUGGGAGUAUCCCGAGCAGGUAGAGAACGGGCUUGGCCAAGCCAGUCUGGAGGAGCAAGCUGAGGACUACAACUACGAUCCAGAAGAGCCUGCACUGAGUGGAGUGGGUGGAGACUGGGGUGGUCACUGGAACAAAGAAUGGGAUGCCAAGGAUAACUAUGAAUAUGAGGAGGAGUGGAGCGAUUGGUCACCAUGCAGCAUUACCUGUGGCCACGGCACCCAGAAGCGCAUUCGUUCCUGUGGCUAUGCAUGCACAGCGACAGAGUCACGCACAUGCGACCUUGAGAGUUGUGCUGACACCGUGGAGGCAGUGACUGAGCUGACACCCACCCAGACAACCAACAGCACUGACUCUCUAGACACUAAUGUGGACAGCUGUGAGAAGUGGUUAAGCUGCAAGAACGACUUCCUCCAGAAGUAUCUGCACCAAGUGCUCACAGAGCUCCCCAGCUGCCCCUGCUCCUACCCUUCUGAGGCUGUUUACAGCGCUGUCAACAUCCUGGAUGCAAAGCUCGACAAGACCUACCGCUGGAGAGACGCAAGUGGACCUAAAGAACGCCUGGACAUCUACAAGCCGUCAGCCAGAUUCUGCAUCCGCUCCAUGCUGUCAUAUGACAGCACUACGUUAGCAGCACAGCACUGUUGCUAUGAUGACCAAAUGAGAUUGAUAACACGGGGAAAAGGAGCGGGGGCACCAAAUUUGAUCAGUACAGAGUUCUCGCCGGAACUGCAUUACAAGGUGGAUGUACUGCCUUGGAUCCUGUGCAAAGGAGACUGGAGUCUGUUUCACUCUGUAAGGCCACCCAAUAAUGGCUUGGGCUGUGGCGAUAAUCCCCCAGAACAAGCGUUUCAGAUGGAACUUAAAGAGGCAAAGGAGUAUUAACAUCCAGAGGUCAUGAGGUCAUAACAAGAGGAGAAGAUGGAAGCGAAAUGUGACUGCCAGUUUAAAUCUCCAUCAGGCGCAGAAAUAAAAUAAUGCUGUGUGUAAGCGCUUUCAAGUUCUUCACAGUUUUUCUCUUUUUGGUCAUUUCCUCCCAAAUACUGUGCUAUCCUGGAGGGGCGAAAAGUGAAAUGUAACAUUAUUCCAGUCUUCCUGUAGCCAUCUGCCAUGGGCGGGUUCAGCUUCUCUCCCAGUUGAGCUCCUUUGGCAAAUUUGCAAGCUUGAUGGGACACAUGGAUAACUUCUGUUAAUAAAACAGGCUGUAACUUUGAAAGCAUAUGGGGUUAUGAAUGAAAUGAAAGACAUGGACAACCACAAAGGGGAAAGCUGUCUUAUACUCCAAUGUAUAUCGUCGGUGCACAACAACAACUGAAAUAACACUGGUGUUGGAACUUUUGGGAGGCAAUGAAAAAACAAACAAACAUUUGGUUUGGUUGAAUGAUCAGUAUGUUCUGUAAGUACCCUUUUCAACCAAUCCCUGUACCUGUAUGAAUCUGUGUUGCUGCUAUGCUAUUAGGAUGUACUGAGCUGAGGUGAAUGGUUGUGGCGUGUAUGUGUACGUAUGUAUGCAUGUAUGUGUUUUGAAAGAUGAGCUCAAUGAAAAGAAUAUAUUUAUUGGACUCAUAUGGGCCUGAAAUACAGCAACUCCAGUCUCAUGAAAGUCUCAUGAAAGGAAUUCCUGUCAAGCUGCUAAAACAGGGAACGAAGUCAAAUGAUCUAUUGCCCACUAGGUUGUCUUUAACCCUAUUUGGAUGGGAUUACUUUCAUAAGGUUAGGUGGGGUAAUGUAAUCUUUACCAGAGCAUGCAUCUCAUCGUAUUUCCAUCUGAAUCUUCGUAUUUGUUGGGGUACGUUAGAGGAGAGAUUCUGCCUUGGCCAAUUUGGAGAUUAAGUACAUAAUCUCUUACACAUUAACAUUACAGAGGUCCUGUUUAAAAGAGAUGGUAAACACAGAUAUGGACUCUUUUAUUUAUUAUUAUGUUUUAGUACUACCGUCAUCAUCCAAGAUUUUUAGAGUUCCUAAAAGUCAAUAACUGCAAUGAACUGCAGAUUUAGGGGCUGCAUUUUUAUUUUAUUCUAUUCCAGCAGUUCCCCUUGUAGUGUAACAAUAUUAUCUGGACCCUGGUAAGACCAACCACCUGAGCAGCAAAGUUAAAAUGUCCUGUUUGCUGGUUCCCACAGCUCUUUCUGUUCCAACAAACAGGAUAUUUUAACUUUGCUGCUCAGUGCAACAAUAUGUUAGCUGCAACAAUAUGUUAGCUAAUGUUUUCCUAGCCAAUAUUGCUGUAAAACUCAAUUGCUAAUAAUUUUGCUUAGCUAAAACUAAAACUUACCAUAUUAGUUUGAAGCCCUUUGCUGGCUUACCUUUUCUGAUACAACAUAAGCUUGGUAAAAAAAAAAAAAAAAAAAAAAAAAAAAAUCUUAGGUAAAAUUGGCUUAUAUUCACAUUCAGGUACAGCACAAAAUUAGCAGCUGUGCUAACGAGAUAACGAUUACUGUUUUGGUGCCAUGCCAUUGAUCCGGUGGCCCAUUAUUCCAAAACGCCAGCUGUCUGAAACAUGUCCCUUUGGAACAAAAGCCCAUUAGUCCAACUGCCUGUUAUCCAGAAAACACUUGCCCAGUUCUCUGAAGGUCCACUGUUUCAAAAGUACACUGUUGAGUUCAGUGAAUACCAUUAUGGCAGGUUUUUCAUCCCUGCAGAAAAAUGCAUCCUCCCCUGUUUACCCUACCUGUAACCUGAGGAACCCCUGUCUAAACUUAACCAAAUUUGGACAUUUUUCAGACUGUUGGCAUUUUGGAAUAAUGGGCAUUUGUUUUUCAGGAUAACGGGCCAUCGGACUAAUGGGCUUUCAGUACAAUUGGAAAUUUUUGGGACUAUUUGGGUUUUGGAAUUAUGGACCUUCAGAUCAAUGGGCAAUCCCCACUGUUCCUCACUACUCUUUGAUGAGCCUAGCCAGGCUGACUAGUCAAUCAAAUAUGGGGUGGGAGGAAUAAAAACUGAGGUUCUGAUUGGAUUGCACCACUCCUAUGAGUGAAAGUAGCCUUUCAUUUCCAGCAAAACCAGUCAUUUUACUUAGAGGCCUCACUCCAUAGAAAGGACUUUAGAUUCUUUAGAUUCUCAAGUUUCAUAUUCUCUACACCCAGUGACAACAAAACAUUGUAUUGACAAAUUGAAUUGUAAAGUAUCAACAAUCCUUAUGGUUACUCUGCACUGUCCUGAAAACUAAUCCAAUCCAAAAAAGCUUUAUACAUUUUUUGGUCAUCUUUCUCUCUCUCUCUCUCUCUCUCUCUUUGUCUGUCUCCCUCUGACUGAUGUCAAACCUGCCAUGUCUUCAGUCUGCAUUUUAUAGGCUGUACUUUCUCAUGUAACAUUAAGGGAAAUCUCAAACCUCUUGAAACUCAUAUAUACUUAGUCAUCUCCAGUGUCAGUUAGUCUUUGCAUACUUUGGAGUCUUGGUGACUGAGUUUAUAUAUACCAGCACCUUCUCUGUAAUAAGGUUCCUUUUGUUGAUUGAAACUCAUGCUCAUCCUCUUGGCUAUUAGCACUUUUUGUACUCAAGCAUUGUUCCACUUAGCUGAUCUGUGUUGCAUUCCAUCAAAUGCAGCCCUUGAGUGUUCCUUGACACUUAGAGAGAGGCUCUGAAAGAAUGGGGGCGUGAAAAGACGGGUGAAAAGUGAGAUGAUAGUGACUGAUUG